AGUUCAGUUUCAUUAGUGUUCACAUAGGUCUCAGACUCGAAAACCUGCUGCAGAUUUUCACAGAACGCACUUUCAUCCUUUUAUUGCUGUUUUUACAGUGGAAUAGCCCCUAUUUAGAUUGCAUAUUUGGAAACAUCUGUUAUCUUUUCGUAACAGAAGAUUUCUGGGAUUGUUUGGGAUUUACAGUUGUACAUCAAACUCCAAAUGAUAAUCUUGAAGAAUCGCGUCAGGGAAUAGCAGCUGGAAAAGGGCAGUACAAUGGGGAAACUCCAGUCAAAACACGCAUGCAAGCGGAGAGAAAAUCCUGAAGGAGACAGUUUUGUCGUAAACGCGUACAUCACUCGAAGAGGUUUGGAGGAGUGUGACAAAUACAAUGGACCCGAGAACAGAAUCAGAGAUAGACAGGAGUUACUGAAUGGGGAGCUGAAGGACAGGCAUUUUCUAGAUGAUCACUGCCCCCUAGAGGUGGUGCUACCUCCAGAAAAAGCAGAGGGCUGUGCAGGUUAUAUGCCAUUUAUCCAUCAAGAAGAUGGAGAGAAAGCUAUUAUUAAAGACCCUAACAAAGGAUCAGGAAAGAAGAGAAUACAUUUGGAUGAGCUGGAGUGUGAUGUAUCAGUAGAGGAUGACAAUCGACAAGAAUGGACCUUUACUCUCUAUGACUUUGAUAACAGCGGGAAGGUAACCAAAGAGGAUAUGUCCAGCCUGAUGCACACCAUUUAUGAAGUGGUGGAUGCCUCAGUGAAUCAGUCCUCAAAUAACAGCAAGACUUUAAGAGUGAAGCUGACCGUAACUCCAGAACCCUGCAGCAAGAAGAAGGAUGUGCCUCUUGCAGGACAAGAUCGAGACGGAAGUCGCUGCCGAAAUGAAACAGAGCACUUGGAAGAUGGGAGGAAUGGAAACAAAAGGCUAUCUGCUCAUAUUAGAAAAAACAAUGGCGAACAACCCCCCAGCAAUGAAGGGGAUGAUUACUGUGUUGACGAGAACACUGAAAGAAGGAACCAUUACCUUGAUUUGGCUGGAAUAGAGAACUACACUUCUAGAUUUGAUGCAGGGUCACCACCUUCACAACCUCGACAGGAGCAUCAUGGGAAGAGCUCCCACACUCAGAACAGGUCCCGUUCACAAGAGUCUGAAGCGCACAACAUCCACCAUCGGCAGUCCCAGUUACUGUCAGAUUACUUACUGCAUGCUGGGGAGCCCAUGGGCAGGGGCUUGGAUGUGCUGCAGAGGGGAAAAGGCCAGGAAAAGCAGUUUGUAAAGUCUCCUAAAGGGAUGUCGAAAGGCCCUGGAGUACCUGGUGUAAAUAAUGGGGGCAAGUUGAGCAAAGGUCACAACUACUACAUGCCACACAGGGCCUCACAGGCUGGACUGGCUGGGCAAGAUGUCUAUCACCUCCAGCCUCAACAACAACAGCAACAGCAGCAGCACGGCCACAAGAAGUACAAGCAGAAGGCCAGAGAUGCCCACUCACCACUGAAGGCUUCUCACUCCCAACCUACAGUGACAGAGCAUGAGUUGAAGAGGGAUUUACCACCAGUCCUUACCAACGAGGGCUAUGUUAUGCCAGUUGUACAAAGACAUGAACAUCACCAUCACCAUGAACACCACCAUCACCACCACUACCACCACUACCACCAGUCAUGACCGUCACCGUCUGCUGGGAAACGUUUCCAAAUGGAUGUUUGUUACACCCUAUAUUUAAGAGUGUGAACGUUCUUGGAUAUCCAAAAGUCUUUGUGUUACGUACCAUACCUACCAGUACAGAAAAUGGUGCUACUGUGUUUAUUCAGCGUGAAUAUUUUUUAUUUUUUUUUAAGAAGGACAAUAUUGCAUGUGGAAACUUCUUUUUUGUUUUUUAAAUUGACAACAGUUACUGUUUCUGCUCAUCGUUGGACCUCAGGUGUAAUAUGCAGCUCCUAAGCUACACAGCAAAGGCUGCUUUAUAAACACAAGCCUGUUGUGGACUGUUGACUAUCCCCUUGGAUUUGGAAACUUUCAGAACACCACUGCCAGUUCUAAAUGCAAAACAAUAUAUAUAUAUAUAUAUAUAUAUAUAUAUAUAUAUAUAUAUAUAUAUAUAUAUAAUUUUAAUAAAACAUAUAUUUGAUUAUUAAAAAUGUAGUGCUUUGUUAAAUUCUUGGAAUUUCGUUCUUUGAAAGUGAAACUGUUCCUGUUUUACAACCUCAUCGUUUUCAGCUGAAUCCCUUAAAUUGUGGUCCUAUUGAAGUAUAGAUCUGUGUAAAGUAUUUAAUAACAGUAGAGAAACCCAGCAUGCAUGUGUUACUUUAAAGUCUGAAUGUAUCUUGUAUAACCAUGUUUGUUAUUGUUAUUAUUAUUUAUUCAUUUAUGAAUGCACAGAUAUGCCUUUGCCUAUUAAUUUUUUAAGUAUGUAUUUUUAAUGUACAUCUGGUGCACUGGCCUUGUAAAAAGAGCUAGGGUUAAGAGUCACUAUAUCACAAAAAUGUAUUGAGAUUCACAAAAGCAUGAUUUAUUUUUUAAAUAAAUAAAACAGAGAUUUUUUUUUUUUUGAAUAAUGCACAUCUGACUUUAAUACAUCAGGUAAAGAAAGUGACUUUACAGUAUACUGUUACACAGUAUUUGAAGACAAAAUGAUAAACACCAAGGGAAUAAACACCAAAG